UAAACCAACGCUGAUAAACGUCUCGCAUGACGUGCACCCACUGUGCGCGCCACUUGCCCAAGGUUAGCUAAAGGAAGCUUCUAGAUUCUUUGCUUUGUACGUGCCCUUUCUCUUUCGCUAUCCCUGUCAACCAUCUCUUUCGCUCGCACCGCAUCGCAUUUCUUCGCCAGUGCGCGUGCAUUUUACAUCUAUCUGCUUCGUCGCUAAACUUUUGCGUACAAUAAUAUACGAUAGGUAUUAACCUUUGAAAAAUAGCCCAAGCAACUUUUGCGUCCACUCAUUCCGCGGCCGGCAGGGUCUGUAAAGCGAGCGAUCUUGUUGCCAUUCAAAAUUUUGUGAUAAAACGCCUGUGGAGACAAAAGGUAAAAAAAACAAAAAAAACGUGCGUGUGUGUGGUACAGUUGGCAGCAGUAUCGGUGUUGAGUUGAGCGCGUGAAAACCUUUCAGUCGGAGCAGGCGACGCCACUUGAUUCGCUACCUCUGCCAAGCCUCUACUGCAUUGCAUCGCAUCGGAAGCCGGCUGCACGGAGAUUGUACGCUCGUACGAAUACUUCCCGUUUAGAGUGAUACACCAUGGGUGAUUAUCAGCAAGAUCCGAUGGUCCAUCUGGAGCUAACCGGCAACACCGGUCUGGUUCUGCGUCGGCCCUUUGAUCCGACCGCACACGAUCUCGAUGCAUCGUUCCGGUUAACGCGAUUUGCCGACCUGAAGGGUCGCUGCUGUAAAGUGCCGAAGGAGGUGCUGGAAAAGCUGGUCUCCUCACUGCAGCAGGACUACAUGCAAGACCCGGACCAACCGUUUAUGCCCAUCACUUCGCCCCGGAUCGGUAUUGGGCUGGACUGUUCGGUCAUUCCGCUGCGGCACGGCGGUCUGUGCAUGGUGCAGACCACGGACUUUUUCUACCCGAUCGUCGACGAUCCGUACAUGAUGGGGAAAAUCGCGUGCUCGAACGUGUUGAGCGAUUUGUACGCGAUGGGUGUGACGGAGUGUGACAACAUGCUGAUGCUGCUGGCCGUAAGCACGAAAAUGAUCGAAAAGGAGCGUGACGUGGUCAUUCCGCUGAUAAUGCGUGGUUUUAAGGAUUCUGCUCUGGAGGCGGGAACGAGCGUGACCGGUGGCCAUAGUGUAGUAAAUCCGUGGUGCACAAUCGGCGGGGUCGCCACGACGGUCUGCCAGAACAAUGAAUUCAUCGUGCCAGAUAAUGCCGUCGUGGGUGAUGUGCUGGUACUGACGAAAGCGCUCGGUACGCAGGUCGCGGUCAAUGCGCACCAGUGGUUGGAUCAGUCGGAACGAUGGAACCGCAUUAAGCUGGUCGUGUCGGAGGAGGACGUGCGGAAGGCGUACCACCGUGCGAUGGAUUCCAUGUCGCGGCUGAACCGAGUGGCGGCACGCCUGAUGCACAAGUAUAACGCACACGGUGCGACCGAUGUGACCGGCUUUGGAUUGCUUGGCCAUGCACAGACGUUGGCGUCUCAUCAGAAGAACGAAGUGUCGUUCGUGAUUCACAAUUUGCCCGUAAUCGCCAAGAUGGCUGCCGUGGCCAAGGCGUGUGGCAACAUGUUCCAGCUGCUACAGGGCCACUCGGCCGAAACGUCCGGCGGGCUGUUGAUCUGUUUGCCACGCGAACAGGCCGCCGCCUACUGCAAGGAUAUCGAGAAGCAGGAAGGCUGCCAGGCCUGGAUCAUCGGUAUCGUGGAGAAGGGUAGCCGCACGGCCCGAAUCAUCGACAAACCGCGAGUGAUCGAAGUGCCGGCCAAGGAUUAAGACAUCCCCGGUGAAUUCCCCCUUUUCUUUUGCGUUUAGUGUGUAUGAAAAACUCAUUCAUUUGCUUGUUACAUCCUUCCCUUUGUAAACACACACACAUUCAUAUAGGCGAUCGUGACAUUGGACCACUUCGUUCGUACACUUAUAUAAAUGCAAUAUCCUGGAUGCUCUGCCCGUUGCCGGAGCAACCAAUGCUUUUCGCUCGAGGUUUUACACACAGCACAGGAACAGGUGUACACGAUUGUGGAAAAGGGAUCAACAGGAAGGCAAGCAUACGAUGUAUGUGCGGAAGAAAAUAAUUUGUAUAGUAAGCGCGCUCGCACAGCAGACGGCCGUGGCCAUGUCUUCUUUUUCUGUUUUACUUUUUUGCCUAACAUUUAAUGCGGAAACAUUUUUUAGCGAGUACAAGAGUGUGCGUAUGGAUGAAAGAUGGACGAGAGAAUCAGGAGAAGAAUACGUUUAUGAUUAGCACUGCACUUAGAAUUAAUCCAAUGAAAACUGCGUAAAAUAAACGAAAAAGAUGAAUCAUACAACUUA